AUGACAACCAGCGUGUCGCCAUUUGCUCGCAGCACCGCGUUCGACGAGCCCCGCCUCGGCGGGCGCGAGCAGACCAUUGAAGAAAUGUACAGCGUCCCUGAGAGCUUCUUAGAAAUUGAAGUUCGCAAUCCUCAAACACACGGUUUCGGCAGAAAGAUGUAUACCGACUACGAGAUCGUGUGCAAGACAAACAUUCCUGCAUUUAAGCUGCGCCAUUCUCUCGUCCGGCGCCGUUAUUCCGACUUCGAGGCAUUCCGCGAUAUUCUGGAGCGCGAAUCUACUCGUGUCAACAUUCCUCCACUCCCUGGCAAAGUCUUCACCAAUAGAUUCUCCGAUGAAGUCAUUGAGAGUCGAAGGGAGGGACUGGAACGAUUCUUAAGCAUCGUUGCUGGUCACCCACUCCUGCAGACCGGUAGUAAGGUUCUCUGCGCAUUUAUGCAAGAUCCGGCCUGGGAGAAGUCUCAGUGGGUGUAA